AUGGCCUCAACCGUCUCUAUCUUCGGUACUCCCGUCUCAAGACUUCUUUCCCGACGAAGCGCAACCGCAUUUUCAACAGCCAUUCAACCAUGGUCCUCCCGGCCUAUCAUCUCCGCGUCCAUUGCGAUUCCUUCAAUUGCCAUAAACAUACCUGGUCUGGUUUCUGAUAUCUGGGAAGGGAUUCUGAAAGCAGUGCCCAAGAAGAAGACUUCACAUAUGAAGAAAAGACACCGACAGUUGGCUGGAAAGGCUCUAAAGGAUGUUAAAGCUGUCAAUAACUGCCCUGGCUGCGGACGACCAAAGAAAGCUCAUACCUUAUGUCCAUAUUGCGUUGCUGCACAUAUCACCGAUGUAUUUGCUUUGGCCGUGACCACAUCUCAGAUCCUCACUGGAUCGGGUGAACCCUCAAUUAAAGUUCAUUCCACUGCCGAGGAGGACUUCCCGAUAGCCCAGGUUUUGAAAGAUGCUCACAAAGUUGGCUGCCACCAUAUCGUCACCAGCGGGUCCGGUAUAAGGGCCGUAAGUGUCGGCUUCGAUGGAACAGUCAAGGUAUGGAGGUAUGAAGAGGGCAUGUGGAAAGAGGAUGGCGACAUCCCGAACGAAGGGCCUAGAAAAGGUGGGCAUGUAUGGGCCGUAACGCUGUCUAGCGAUGGACAGUACCUUGCAGGCACAACACAAGACGGACGUGUCAAUGUGUGGGAUUUGAAUGGAGGCAAGGAAAAGAUCCGAGAGUUUGAGACCAAGGGCAGUUUUGGUCUCUCGGUCGAUAUGUCCGCAGACGGACGGUUCAUAGCCAGCGGUCACGAGUCGGGAAACAUCUACGUUUUCUCUACAGCUACCUCGCGCCUGCUUCAUUCACUCCCUGGUCUCAUCAAACCUGUGCGGUCGGUCAAGUUCUCUCCGGGCUCAACAAUGCUUGCCGCGGCUGGGGAUGGACGUGUGAUAUCUCUGUAUGAUCACACCUCCGGUGAACAAGUCGCCAACCUCAGCGGACAUGCAGCUUGGAUUACGAGCCUUGAUUGGAGCCAUACUGGCCAAUACCUUCUCAGUGGAAGCCUCGAUGGAAAGGUCAAAGUCUGGGACAUUGAGCGAAGGACAUGUGUAGCCACUCAUAGUGAGAGUGACAAAGGUCUCUGGUGUGUCAAAUGGUUGCCCAAGGACGCAACCGCCAUAUCAACGCACAAAGCCGAACGCUUUGCUACGUCGGGAAGCAACAAAUCGAUUGCCAUCUAUCGAGAAGCAACCGGAGGCUAG